GAACAGCGGCAGCGACACCCCCCCUCCUCCCGCCUCCCAUGGCGACGGCCCCGCUCGCCUUCCACCUCCCAUUCCCCUUCCCCUCCGCCUCCCGCCCGCCGCCUAGACUUCUACCCCCCUCACGCCGCCCUCCCGCCGCCCGCCUCGCCGCCACGCGCCGCUUCCGCCCGCCCACCGCCGACGACGAGCCCCCCGAGGCGGCGGAGGACUCCUCCCACGGCCUCAACCGCUACGACCAGCUCACCCGCCACGUCGAGCGCGCCCGCCGGCGCCAGCAGGCCGAGCAGCCGGAGAUCACCCCCGACCACCCGCUCUUCUCGUCCCCUCCUUCCUCCGGGGAGGCCGGCAGCUACGACCCCGACGACGAGUUCUUCGAUGAGAUCGACCGCGCGAUUGCCGAGAAGCGGGAGGAGUUCACGCGGCGUGGGCUGAUCAAGCCGUCCGCCCCGGCGCCCUCGCAGCCCGAGGAGGAGGACGGCCUCGCCGACGAGCUCUCCCCCGAAGAGGUCAUCGACCUCGACGAGAUUCGGAGGCUGCAGGGACUCAGUGUCGUGUCCCUGGCCGACGAGGAGGACGAGGAGGCGAACGGCGGCGGUGGCGGGGUGGAUUACGGCGACGACGGGGUGCCCCUCGACGACGACGGCGAGGUGUUCGAUGUGGCCGAUGAGGUCGGCCUCGAGGGGGCGAGGGUGCGGUACCCGGCCUUCCGCAUGACGCUGGCCGAGCUCCUGGACGAGAGCAAGCUCGUGCCCGUGGCGGUGACCGGCGACCAGGAUGUCGCGCUCGCCGGGGUGCAGCGUGACGCCAGCCUCGUCGCGGCGGGGGACCUCUACGUGUGCGUUGGGGAGGAAGGGCUUGCUGGGCUCACCGAAGCUGACAAGCGCGGGGCGGUCGCCGUCGUCGCCGACCAGACCGUCGACAUCGAGGGCACCCUUGCUUGCCGCGCGCUGGUCAUCGUCGAUGACAUCACGGCAGCUCUCCGCAUGCUCCCCGCCUGCCUCUACAGGCGGCCUUCGAAAGACAUGGCGGUGAUCGGUGUCGCUGGCACGGAUGGGGUCACCACCACGGCGCACCUCGUCAGGGCAAUGUAUGAAGCCAUGGGUGUGAGGACUGGCAUGGUAGGCGUUCUCGGGGCCUAUGCGUUUGGCAACAACAAACUGGACGCACAACCUGAUGCCUCUGGUGACCCCAUUGCCGUGCAGAGGCUGAUGGCGACGAUGUUGUACAAUGGCGCUGAGGCGGCUUUGUUGGAGGCAACCACCGAUGGUAUGCCGUCAUCUGGUGUGGACAGCGAGAUAGAUUAUGACAUUGCUGUGCUGACUAAUGUUAGGCAUGCCGGCGAUGAGGCUGGCAUGACCUACGAGGAGUACAUGAACAGCAUGGCCUCUCUGUUUUCUAGAAUGGUUGACCCUGAGCGCCAUCGUAAGGUGGUGAACAUUGAUGAUCCAAGUGCUCCAUUCUUUGCUGCACAGGGAGGGCAAGAUGUUCCUGUGGUGACAUAUUCAUUUGAGAACAAGAAGGCUGAUGUGCACACUCUGAAGUAUCAGCUUUCCCUGUUUGAAACGGAGGUCCUGGUACAGACACCACAUGGGAUCCUCGAGAUUUCGUCAGGCCUUCUUGGGAGGGACAACAUCUAUAACAUCCUUGCAUCUGUAGCAGUUGGUGUUGCUGUCGGUGCACCACUGGAAGACAUAGUGAAGGGCAUCGAAGAGGUGGAUGCAAUUCCAGGCCGGUGUGAGCUAAUUGAUGAGGAGCAAGCAUUUGGGGUGAUCGUUGAUCAUGCAAGGACUCCAGAGUCUCUUUCGAGGCUUUUGGAUGGUGUAAAGGAACUGGGCCCACGUCGAAUUGUCACAGUUAUUGGAUGUUGUGGUGAGCGAGAAAGAGGGAAGAGGCCAGUGAUGACAAAAGUUGCAGCUGAGAAAAGUGAUGUUGUUAUGUUGACAUCCGACAACCCAGCAAAUGAAGAUCCAUUGGAUAUCCUGGAUGAUAUGCUGGCGGGAGUAGGGUGGACCAUGGAAGAAUACUUGAAGCAUGGCACAAAUGAUUAUUACCCACCACUGCCGAAUGGACAUAGGAUAUUCCUACAUGAUAUUAGAAGAGUUGCUGUACGAGCUGCUGUCGCGAUGGGUGAACAAGGAGAUGUAGUUGUUAUCACUGGGAAAGGGAAUGAUACUUAUCAGAUUGAAGUCGAUAAAAAGGAGUUCUUUGAUGAUAGGGAAGAAUGCCGAGAAGCCUUACAAUAUGUUGAUCAAUUGCAUCGAGCUGGAAUAGACACCUCAGAAUUUCCAUGGAGGUUACCUGAAAGCCACUGAUUCUGAUGUAUUCAAUAUAGCCGGGCUUCUUCUUUGCUUGCUCAAGGAGCAGCAUUUUAGAUUCUCCCUUUUUGCUAUGGUAGGAUGUACUUCAGACCAGCGGGUGCUCAAGGUUGACUACUUGACCCCCAGUACUAACUGCUAACUUCUCAGUGAUACUCAGUAGGUACAAAAUAUAUGCAAUGCAGCUUCCCCUUAAUUUCUGCUGCCA